AUUGAUUCAUAUUGCUGGUCCCGCACGAGCGAAACGAAGGGAAUCCCAAAACUCCGAGGAAGCUCGGAUUCCUGCGUGUCCGUAGGGUUUUCAAUUCGGAUUACGUUAUCUUCCUCUUCCCAAUUCGGUUUCAAUUUCCAAAAGCUUCCUCUUUUUCAAUCUCAAUAGACAAACAGAGAGAGAGAGAGAGAGAGAGAGAUGGUUCUGACGCAGAAGCUUCACGAAGCGUUCAAAGGGACGGUGGAGAGGAUCACAGGGCCACGUACGGUCUCAGCCUUCAAGGAGAAAGGCGUUCUCAGCGUAUCCGAGUUCGUCAUCGCCGGAGAUAACCUCGUCUCCAAAUGCCCCACCUGGUCCUGGGAAUCGGGCGAGCCAAGCAAGAGGAAGUCAUACUUACCCACUGCAAAGCAGUUCUUAAUUACUAGAAAUGUCCCUUGUCUACGAAGGGCUGCAUCCGUUGAAGAGGAAUAUGAAGCUGCUGGUGGGGAGAUUCUUCUUGAUAAUGAAGAGAAUGAUGGCUGGUUGGCAACCCAUGGGAAGCCAAAGGAUAAAAGUGUUGAGGCAGAAGACUUGCCUUCUAUGGAGACUUUAGAAAUUAGCAAGAACAAGAAUGUUAAGUCACUCCCCUCAGGCUUUGAUGAUCAAGAUGAAGAAGAUAUUCCUGACAUGGCCGAUUAUGAAGAACCUGACAACCUUAUUGAAACAGAUGCUGCAACACUGCCAUCUACAUAUCUUGUUGCUCAGGAACCCGAUGAUGACAAUAUUUUACGGACUCGAACCUAUGAUGUCAGCAUUACGUAUGAUAAAUAUUAUCAAACUCCUCGUGUGUGGCUUACCGGAUAUGAUGAGUCAAGGAUGCUUUUGCAACCGGAGCUUGUACUUGAAGACGUUAGUCAAGAUCAUGCACGCAAAACAGUAACCAUUGAGGAUCAUCCACACUUGCCUGGGAAGCAUGCAUCUGUGCAUCCAUGCCGACAUGGGGCUGUGAUGAAAAAGAUCAUCGAUGUCCUAAUGUCACGUGGAGUUGAACCAGAAGUUGACAAGUACCUAUUUCUAUUUUUGAAAUUCGUUGCCUCUGUAAUUCCAACAAUUGAAUAUGACUACACCAUGGACUUUGAUCUUGGCAGUUCCAGCAAUUAAUCCAAAGAUACAAGCUACAACUUCAGCUUGAGAUAGAUUGGUAUGAAAAGUUAAAAUGGUGCUUUUCUUCCUCAAUAUAUGCUUCCUCUUAACCCUGUAAAUAUAGUUUAUAAAUUAUUUGAUUAAUGCUCUUCCAGAGAAUGUGAUAUUUGGAGCCACUGUUCUAUUUGUAGAUGAUGGUUUGAUAUACUCAAAGACAUAUCUAUCUUAUUCUUGUUAGAAUUUAUCACUCUUCCAAAACAAUAUACUGACACAGUAAUUUAUUGUUC